AUGGGUGAUCUACAACUUCCUGUCGCUGUGUCUGGCGUGGGUGGGGGGUCCCGGAGUGGUCGUGACGUCUCUCGCUGGUCGCGUGCUCAAGCCGUCCAUCGUUCUCGGCACCUGCUGCCUGCCUCCCAUGCCGCUCGACGGGUGUCCUCCACACUUGGAUUAACACCGGCUCGUCUCCUUUGUCUCCCGUCGUCCCAUUCUCCGAAUGACUUCAGAAUCGACUUUGAACGUCUCUCCCUCCCAUUCAACCUCCACCAAACACCCCCGGACCCUCCCGCUCCUCUCCCCUCCAGCCGGUUCAUCCGGCGCUGCAAACAAGGCUGCCUGCAGUUCGUGUUCCUCAAGCCCAUCCUGGCCGCGCUCUCGCUCAUCCUCUACUCGUACGGGCUGUACAACGACGGCAACUUCAGCGCGUUUGACUCGUACCUGUACAUCACGUGCGUCUACAUGAUCUCCUACUCCAUCGCCAUAUACGCGCUCAUCCUCUUCUACGUCGCCUGCAAGGACCUCCUCACCUCCUUCAACCCCAUCCCGAAGUUCCUCAUGAUCAAGGCGGUUGUCUUCCUCACCUACUGGCAGGGAGUCAUCAUCUUCCUCAUCGCCCAUUUCACAGCCAGCCCAGAGGGAGCAGCGGAUCUCCAAAACGUGAUCAUCUGCUGCGAGAUGGCGCUCGGAGCCAUCGGCUUCAUGGUUGCAUUCCCCGUCAAACCCUACAUGGUCGCGAAUGUGGGCACGUCAGGGGCAGGUCCGAUGGAUUUCCAGGGGUUCGGGCUCGCAGGGCUGGGCCUGGCGAAUAUGACUGAGGAGCAGAGGGGCGCGCUGAUCUCUGCGUUUAAGCAUUCUGUCAAUAUGGGGGAUGUGGUGAGCGACACGGUUCACCAGUUCGCUCCGACAUACCAUGACUAUGUGCUGUACAGCGAUGGGUCGCAGGACAAGCCGCAGCACUACCGCACUCGCACCUUCGUUCCAGCAGGCAAGGAGAUGGAGAAUGCGCGUAGCAUGAGGCAAACCUUCAGCUCGGGCCGCACGGGGCUCCUCACAGCCGAAGCCACCGCGUCAGAGCGCCGCUUUGCCAACCUCUUCGCCUCCAUCACUCCUGGCGCUGCUGCUGGCGCCGGUGGUGCUGCUACAGCUGCUGCUACAGGCGCUGGUGGAGGGUCUGCUACAGCAGCUGACGCCUCUGCUUCUGCUGCUGCUGGGCUCAGCAAUGGGGUGGCAGUUGGAGGGUCUGCUGGUGCUGCCGCAGCAGGGGCGGCUGAAUCUACCGAUACACCAGCAGGAGCAGCGGCAGCAGCAGCAGCAGCAGCCGCAGCUGCAGCUGCUGCGGCGGCUGCUGCUGCGGCUGCUGCUGCUGCCGCCGCCGCUUCGAGAAUCAAGGGAGAGACGGUUGUGAGCAUUCGCCAUGACAUGGACGAUCCAAACGCAGCUAUCCUGGAAUCUCCCACGGGAGAAUCCUCGAGCUCGUACGACCCUCCGGUUAAGAAGAUCAAUUCAUCGCUUUCUCGAAGCAGCAGCAAGGGAGGGGAGGGGGGCGGAGUUAGAGGGAUUGGGUCGGAGGGUGAGCCGCUGUCACAGCGGGCGUCGAGCAUCAAUGAUGAGGAGAACUCUCGGUUGAGACGCAGCUCGGGGGCCGCAAGCAAGAAGGAGAACGAGUUUGGGUUUCUGAUGAAUGAGGAUGAUAUGAUUGAGGAGGGAGAUCCUCGACUUGACCUUGAGGGGUUUGUAAGUGGGUGA